UUUGCUUCCUUUGCACAACUAUAUAAUUGUUUCCCUCAUUGCAUGAGUUUCAUAUACUCAUUCAUUUAAACACACACCACACGUACUAUAAUACUCACAUUAUAAUUUGUUGUUUCAUUUCUUGCUUCAAUGUCAUCCAUAAAACUCUUUAACAUGAAUUUAUGUAUAUUAUUAGUGUUGGUUUUGGGUUUAUGGUGUACUAGUGAGGUUGAAGCUGAUCCUCAAGUACCUUGUUACUUUAUUUUUGGUGACUCUUUGGUAGAUGAUGGAAAUAAUAACAACCUCAAUUCUUUGGCCAAAGCUAAUUAUCUUCCUUAUGGGAUUGACUUUGAAGGUGGUCCAACAGGAAGGUUCUCUAAUGGAAAAACCACAGUUGAUGUUAUUGCUGAGCUCUUGGGAUUCGAUGGAUACAUAUCUCCCUAUUCAACAGCCAGAGACCAAGAAAUACUCAAAGGAGUCAAUUAUGCUUCUGCUGCUGCUGGAAUUAGAGAAGAAACUGGACAACAAUUGGGAGAUCGAAUUAGUUUUAGUGGGCAAGUACAAAAUUACCAAAAGACAGUGUCUCAAGUUGUGAAUUUGCUUGGAGAUGAGGACCAAGCUGCAAAUCAUCUUAGCAAGUGCAUUUAUUCAAUUGGAUUGGGAAGUAAUGACUAUCUUAAUAAUUAUUUCAUGCCUGCUUACCCUAGUGGGAGACAGUUCACACCACAACAAUAUGCUGAUGUUCUUAUUCAAGCAUAUGAUCAACAACUUAGGAUUUUGUACAAUUAUGGAGCAAGGAAAAUGGCUUUAUUUGGAAUUGGACAAAUAGGUUGCAGCCCUAAUGAGUUAGCCCAAAACAGCCCAGAUGGAACAACAUGUGUUGAAAGAAUCAAUUCUGCAAAUCAAUUAUUCAACAAUGGAUUAAAAUCUCUUGUUAAUCAACUCAACAAUGAACUUAAUGAUGCAAGAUUCAUUUAUGUAAAUGUUUAUGGUAUUUUUCAAGACGUCAUAAGCAAUCCAUCAUCCUUUGGUAUUAGGGUUACAAAUGCUGGGUGUUGUGGUGUAGGAAGGAACAAUGGUCAAAUUACAUGUCUGCCCUUUCAAACUCCAUGUAGUAAUAGGGAUGAGUAUCUAUUUUGGGAUGCAUUUCAUCCAACUGAGGUUGGAAAUACUAUAAUUGGCAAGAGAGCUUAUAAUGCUCAAUCUGGAUCAGAUGCUUAUCCUAUUGAUAUCAAUCGUUUGGCUCAAUUAUGAUGAAAUUGUGUUGUAAUGGUAAUAUGUUGGUUGUGGCAUUUUACUAGUGUUGUAUAAUGAGUGGUUUAUUUUAAAGGUGUGUGAGAAUCUAAGUGUAAUUUUGGUAUAAUUUUUGUUAAGAUUUCAUGUUGAUUGUAUAAUGAUAUUUAUCAUGGAUGAAAUUACUUUCAUUCAAAAUGAAUAAAAUACUAAGAGUUAUAUGCUUUCAA